AUGGGAAAUAAGAAUGACUCAAAUGUGACUGACUUCAUCCUUAUGGGAUUGACAGACUCUGAAAUAAUCCAGUGGGUCCUUUUAAUAUUGUUUCUCCUGUUAUACCUGAUUACCCUGCUCGGGAAUGGAGGGAUGAUACUUACAAUUCACCUGGAUCUCCAACUUCACACUCCCAUGUACUUUUUCCUCAGUCAGCUCUCAUUCCUUGAUCUCAGUUACUCAUCAGUCAUCACACCUAAAACCUUAGAGAACUUACUGACUUCAAACAAGUAUAUUUCAUUCACGGGCUGCUUCACCCAGAUGUUUUUCUUUAUCUUCUUGGGUACAACUGAAUGUUUUCUUCUCUCCUCAAUGGCCUAUGACCGCUAUGUAGCUAUCUGCAAUCCUCUUAACUACCAGGUUGUUAUGUCUAUGAGACUCUGCCAAAUCCUCAUUUCUGGGUCCUAUAUGAUUGGCUUUACUGAUUCCUUGGCCAAUGUUCUUUGCAUGAACAGUUUGCAGUUCUGCAGCUCCAAUAUAAUUUAUCACUUUUUCUGUGACUUAACCCCAAUUUUAGCCCUGUCCUGCACUGACACUCAUGAAACUGAAAUCAUGAUAUACAUUCUUGCUGGCUCUACCCUAAUGGUUUCUCUUAUCACAAUCUCUGUGUCCUACAUAUCCAUUCUGUCUGCUAUUCUAAAAAUUAAUUCCAAUUCAGGAAAGUGCAAAGCCUUCUCUACUUGUGCCUCACACCUACUGGGAGUCACCAUCUUUUAUGGCACUACAAUUUUUACUUAUUUAAAACCUAAGAAUUCCUACUCCUUAGGAAAAGAUCAAGUGGCCUCUGUGUUUUAUACUAUGGUGAUACCCAUGCUGAAUCCACUCAUUUAUAGUCUUAGGAACAAAGAAGUGAAAAAUGCUAUCAUUAGGGUCAUGCAGAAGAGAGAAGAUUCUAGGUAA